AUGGCCCGUCAACGGGUGGCGGGUGACCCGAAACCCGUCAACCAUGGUUUUCGGGUGGUGAUGGUUAGCUCAAUGGAAGGUGCUCCUAAUGCUAUAAAUGUUGACAUUGCUUCCAAUGUCAAUGCCCCUGAAAAUGGUGUCCAAGUCCAACCUCAACCUGAACAACCUGUCCAACCUGAACCUGAACAACCUGGUAAUGUUGAGGAGCUUGAAGCUCAACCCCCUCAUACUAGUGAAAGGCUUGCUGAUAGGUUGUUUGAUUGUCUUUUGGAUUGGAACAUUGAUGAUUCGGAGGCUGCUGUGGAGGGAUUGGAUGGACUCUUCUCAACAAUGACACUCGAAGAUACAAGUGUGGAAGAGGCAGAACCUGGUGGUCCAGAACUCACCUUAAUGAGAUCACCAUUUGCCCAUGAAGACAUGAUUGGCAAUCUGCUGUGGGACCAAGUUUCAAUUGAUGAUUUCUGGUCUGCUGGUUUACAUCGAUUGGAAUGAGGGUCAGGGGUGGUCGGGUGGAUGAUUCUCAAUGAUUCAAUGUUGCUGGAACCUAGAUGGAAUGAUGCUGCGUUGUUGUUGCUUCUUGCUUGAACUAUUUCAGUCUACUGUUUUUGCCUUUUUGGACAAGAAUUAGACAUUUAGAUUUUGGGAACGUCUUUCUUUGGUUGUUUGGUUCAUUUGAUUUGAUCACAAACACGAAACAGAUGUUGUUUUUGGUUGUUGUUGCUUAGCUGCUUGGCUUGGCAAGCUUUCAGUUGUUUAUUUCAGGUCUUUUUAACAGACCAGUCAGAUUGAAUAAAGUAUCCAGU